CGACUGUAAUUGUUUCAGGGUUCAGUGUAAAGCUGAAGAAGUAUAUAUACAGAAAACGAUGGCUACUUAGAGAGCGUUGAUCUAUGGUGCUGAAAGUACAUGAACGUACUUACCCUGGACCUGCACAUUCCACUGGUUUAUGAAAACACGAUCGCCUUAUCAAUUUAUAACCAUGAACCUCAGAAUAGUACUUAUUUUGUGCCUCUCCGCUCUGUCUUGCAUCGCAGACGAUGAAGGAAUGGUGAAAAUUCCAGGAGGAAAGAUGACGAUGGGGACGAACUCAGCCGACGGCAGGGAUGGAGAAUCACCCACGAAAGAAGUGGCAGUCGAUCCAUUCAGUAUCGAUAAAUAUCCCGUCACUAAUUCUGACUUCAGGGAGUUUGUCAGGGCACAGAAAUACAAGACUGAAGCGGAGACCUUCGGCUGGAGUUUUGUGUUCCAGGACUUUGUGUCUGAAGAGCUGAAGAGCAAAGUCACAGAGAAAAUAGAGUCAGCACCUUGGUGGAUGCCAGUCGAGCGGGUGUUUUGGAGGCAGCCUGCAGGUCCUGGUUCUGGGAUCCGGGAGCGUCUGGACUCCCCAGUGGUCCAGGUGAGCUGGAACGAUGCCCAGGCCUUCUGCAGCUGGAGGGGGAGGAGGCUGCCCAGCGAGGAGGAGUGGGAGUGGGCUGCGCGUGGGGGUCUGCAGGGUAGAACGUAUCCCUGGGGAAACAAAUUCCAGGCCAACCGCUCCAACCUGUGGCAGGGCCUUUUCCCGGAUGGAGACACAGCAGAGGACGGUUACCAUGGUAUCGCCCCUGUCACUGCUUUCCCUCCUCAGAACAGUUUUGGACUAUAUGACAUGAUAGGAAAUGCAUGGGAGUGGACAUCUACACCCUUCCCUGGAGGACGACCAAUGUUCGUGCUGCGUGGUGGUUCCUGGAUCGACACGGAAGAUGGAUCAGCCAAUCACAAGGCUCGAAUCACGACCAGGAUGGGGAACACUCCGGACUCGGCUUCUGAUAACCUGGGCUUCAGGUGUGCUGCCAGGAAGGACAAAACGGAGCUGUAGGGACCAAUAAACGAAGACGAUAAAAAUUAUGCCACAAGGGAGAGCAAGAUAGCAACCAGUUAUAGGUACUAUGCAGUGACCAUAGCAUUUAGUAAAGUCAAGACUCAAGACAGUGGUGAUGAUGUUGAUAAUGUGCAGGAACAUUUUUCUCCUGUGGAGACCUGGGCUCAAAUCAAUCUGCUUAACCUAUGUCUUUUUCUACAAACUACUGUAAUACAAGCAAUAAACAAGAUUUUACAUCAA